AUGUCAAGCCAGUUUGGAUCUUUGCUGUCUUGUUUCUGGCGAGCGUCUUCACUGAAACUGAAAGCUACUUUGGUAGAGGCAAUAAUAGAGUGGGCAAACGAACCAUCAAACUGCAGGUUAAACAUUUUUGUUUUCAUUAUUUUUUGAAAGUUAACAUGAUCCGUGCAGUUGAAUGAACAACCUAAGCGGUUGAAAAAGAACCUGAAAAAUGUCAGGCUUGACCGGGAUCGAAGUCUGAUCUUUGAGAUGACCGGAAUCAUAUUGUGAACUGUGGGCAAAGACUUUUUUUUUUUACCAACGCGGUUUGGGGAAAAUCAAAUCCCAUUGUACAGUCACCUUUUUCUUAUUAAUUUGUUACUUUCGGUAUCUUUUUGGAUAAGAACAAUUUUUAAACCCAGUCCACGCUGAGACCGCAUUCUUAGUAAAAUUCGAAAAUAUUCGGUUUCAACGAACCACCUAUAAUAACCACCUUGUUGCGUGGGGUCACCUUUUCUGAUUUAAAGUAUUUGUCUCGUAAAAUAAUUAUCUCCCUCAUUAUUUUUUUUUGUUCAUUUGUUCGUUUGUUUUUAAGGACGACGAGGCCUUGCCCCUUUGGCCGAGGGAACAGUUCUUGGAUCCAAAGGUACAGCAAUAAUUUUGUUUCCAAUAAUGUUCGUUGAUUACAUUAAUUCCCACGUUCAUUUAAUUAGUUUAGUCUCAUCGAUUAUUCUCUAAAUGAUAAAGUCUGGGCAUUCACUCAGUCAAGAAUUACUUAAUGCAAUGUUUAAUGGGUCUUUAGUCAACAUUUUUCCGUUAAAAAAAAAGCACUUUAUUUGAGUGUCAAUGUAAUUAGCACGAAAGUGCUAUUUGGGGACCCUAUAUUUUACGUCUCCUAAUGGAGACGGGAUCGCCAUUUUACGUGGUCAUCCGAGCCACGCGAAGGUCCAGCCGCCUGCAGGGCAAAGGGAGUACCUUCAUUUCUCAGUUAUUUUAAGACCCUGAGUAUUGGUCCGGCCCCGGAAAUCGAACCAGUGACCUCCCGCUCUGCAGUCAAGCGCUCUAGCGACUGAGCUAGUCCUGCCGCGGUAAUCUGUCUUUACAUCUGUCUUUACAUAUAUAUUUUUGACUCGUGAUUUCAGGGUGAAGUACGCAUGCGGAAGGAAGAACUCUGCAAGACUGCUAAAAGGUCCUGCUCGGGAGUUUAACAGGAAACCCAGGAAAUAA